UGAUCGAUAAGUUUAUUUAUAUUAAUAGUUGGGUAACAUAUUUCGUAUAUGUUGAAAUACCACAUUUGUAUGGACAUUAAAGAAGUACAUCUAUGUCUAAUCUAAGGCAAAAAUGCACAAUGGGAUGAGUUUUUUUAUGUGAAAUUAUGAUACCGUUGCAUACACGUAGAUGUCAAAAAAAGAAAAAAAAAUGCCACGUAAAAUACCGACAUCGGUGGGGAUAUGGGGUAGACAAAUUCAUCCCGCACUCCCCUCCGCGCUUGAGCCGUUGUGGAAGCUUUCAUUUCAGUUUCUUUGGUCAAUAUACACCUUACCUGGACUUCCACACAGCGACACCUAGAUUUUGUACAACCAACGUUUUGACAGUUGCGUUUGAAGUCACACCCCACGUUUCUCCUACCCAUUAUACGCUUCUCUCCCCUCUCUAUUUCAAGUUGAGGUUUCUCUGGGUUUUUCUCUCUGGAUUAUCAUAAUCUCCUUCCUUUUAUCAGGGGUGAAUCCCUCUUCUAGAUUAGUCUGUGGGAGUAAAACGGCAGAUUUCUCAGUUUUAUAGCAGAAAGAUCCGAUCUUUAACCCUCCCGCCCCGUUCUUGAACAGAAAUUCGUCAUUUGGAAACGGGAGAAAUGGUUAGGUUUUGGGUGUCUGUGAUUUUAUUAGUUAUAACAGUGAUGAUUUCUGGUGGUGGGGUUGAAGGGUUGGGGGUGAACUGGGGGACGAUGGCCACCCACAAGCUGCCGCCCAAGAAGGUGGUUCAGAUGCUGAAGGACAAUGGGAUUCAGAAGGUCAAACUGUUUGAUGCAGAUAGCUCGACCAUGAAUGCUCUUGCAGGGUCUGGGAUUGAAGUAAUGGUUGCCAUACCUAAUGACCAGCUUCUUUCCAUGAAUGAUUAUGACAGGGCUAAGGAAUGGGUGAAGCGUAAUAUCACACGUUACUCAUUCAAAGGAGGCGUCAACAUAACGGUCAUUGGAAGCUUUUUAUAUGGCUGGUGAGCAUUGAUUGAGUUCAAACCCCACCAUCUUUUCACUAAAAUGAAGAGAUAGAUAGAUAUGUUGCUGUUGGUAACGAGCCUUUCCUCACUUCCUACAAUAACUCCUUCCUUAACACAACCUUUCCGGCACUUCAAAAUAUUCAAACUGCUCUGAACAAGGCCGGGUAUGGGGACAACAUUAAGGCUACCGUUCCCUUAAAUGCUGAUGUGUAUAACUCUCCUACAGAUAACCCUGUACCUUCAGCCGGCAGGUUUCGGAAAGAUAUUAAUCCACAGAUGAGCCAGAUUGUUCAAUUCUUGAACCAGAACCAAGCACCCUUCACUGUGAACAUAUACCCCUUCUUAAGUCUCUAUGCAAAUCCCGACUUCCCAGUCGACUAUGCUUUCUUUGAUGGUGGGAGCACACCGGUACUCGAUAAUGGGAUCCAAUACACUAAUGUAUUUGAUGCCAACUUUGACACGCUGGUUUCGGCCCUAAAGGCAGCCGGGUAUGGUCAAAUGCAGAUUUUGGUAGGGGAAGUGGGGUGGCCCACUGAAGGUAACAUUAAUGCGAAUGUCAAUUUAGCCUACAGAUUCUACAAAGGACUUUUACAAAGACUGGCAGCUAAUAAAGGAACGCCCCUUCGGCCUGGGUACAUAGAGGUGUACUUGUUUGGGCUCAUUGAUGAGGAUGCUAAGAGCAUUGCACCGGGUGACUUUGAGCGCCACUGGGGAAUAUUUCGGUACGACGGGCAGCCAAAGUUCGCGAUGGACCUUUUUGGUCAAGGACAGGAGAAACUUCUCGUGGGCGCACAAGAUGUGCAGUACCUCAAAAGUAAAUGGUGCAGCUUUAAAAAGGAUGCCAAGGAUUUGAGCAAACUCGCCGAAAAUAUCAACUACGCUUGCACGUUUUCGGAUUGCACGGCGCUUGGCUAUGGAUCUUCGUGCAAUGGGUUGGACGCAAAUGGGAAUGCAUCCUAUGCAUUUAAUAUGUACUUCCAGGUGCAGAACCAAGACGAGGAUAGCUGCAAUUUUCAAGGUCUAGCAGAGGUGACUGACAUGAACAUAUCGCAAUCGAAUUGUAACUUUACCAUCCAAAUAGCCACCUCUUUCUCACCUGACAUGUUACCGGGGAGCUUUGUGCUUUUAGCUGGCUUUGCAUUGUUAGGGUUGUUCGGAUCUCUUGUGUAGAUAUUUCCUUAGCUGUUCUAUUGUUUAUGGUCAUUGUAUUUGAUAUUGCUGGGCAGAUAACGUUUCUGUGAGACGCUACAAGCCCUGUUGAUGAUUUAAUAAAUGUUCCGUUUUCUUUUCUCUUCUAGUUUAAGCAUAAUAUAAUCUUGUAUAUAGACCAAUGUGUUAAAUCAUUACUUAGGGGUUUUUAUUGAUGUGCUGCUUUAUGAUCAA